GGGGGAGUCAACGGCUUCCGUUCCCCUCAGCUCUAGUUAGAAGUGGCAUUCUAUCAAACUUGGGCGGCGGCUGUGAUUGUUGGAGACCGAACCAUGCCUGGACCUGGACCGCACAUGCUCUACGCCAUGGGCUCAGGCAUGGCUCUGAUGAGUCUCAGCGACGGCAGAUUCAGUCCCCAUCAUACUCUCAUUUACACCAUCAACGCCUUCUUCGGCCCCGACAUUGGCUCCUUCUCCGAAUGGCUAUCCUCUGUUCUCGGUUUCUCAGGAUCUUCAGUUCCCGACGCCAUCCAUCACCCUGUCUUUUACAUCCUCAUUCUGGGUCUUCCUCUUUGCCUCUUCUACGCCUGGCUCUCCUCUGUUCUACUCCACAAGGGCCUUCUCGAUUCCGUCUUUGGGGUAUCUCUUAAUAGAAGGCAAUGCUUGUUGUUAAUCUCGGCUGGUUCUUUUUCACACUUCUUUCUUGACCAUUUGUUUGAGGAAAACGGGCAUUCAUCGAUGUACACUUGGAUAUUGAGCACUGGUUGGUGGGAGAACCGAGCACCAAUUAACCCAGAUGCUGUUAUGGUGAUUGGAUUCUUGUGCACUUGCUUAAUUGGCGGCUUUGUUUACAUUAACAGAGUGAAGUCCGCGAAGUCGAUUCCUAAACAAUCGUAUCAGUCGGUUAAGCUUAUUAUAGUAGUAGCUACACUAUAUUCCAUGUGGUGCGCAAGCCAGAUAUACUGGACUAACCCUCGUCGACCAGCUGUUGGCGAAGAAGCUGACCUCGGAGUUCUAGUGUUUCUGUUUGUCUAUUUUUUUCUACCUCAUUAUCUUUGUAUAAAGUCUAUGCAACCAAAAGAUCUUGAAAUCAGACAUCUCCCAUUGUGAUAGAACGAUACAUCCAUUUAUAUUAGAAAUGACAACAAUUUCCUUCA